AACAGCGGGAGUAGUGACGACACCGCCGUGUGGAGUAUACACGCGCGAGAUCUUCUGUAUAAAAUUUGUGUACUUACAGAACAAUUGGCGAAUGGUAUGAUUUGGGGCAGUAAUGAUUCCUCGAUGGGGCCCACUUUUACUUGAAUAGUAAAUGUUUGGUGAAACACAAAAUUUCGACCAAGGCGUAAUCCGUGUGAAAAUCCAACUGUGAAUGCGGGAAAUGUCGAGGAUGCCGCCACCUCCCGCGCACCUCCAGAUGCCCCUCGGGGAAGGCAGCGACCCAGAGUUCUCUGACGACGAAAAUGUUCCACUCAGCCAGGAUAUCUACGGCGGCAGCCGGCGGUCCGUGCAGGAGACGAAGGCCUGGGAUGUGUUCCGGACCUUGCCGCCCUCUACCAGCUCCCUUUCUCAAGAUAGUCAAAAAUUUCUCGAGCUGACCAUCAAAUGUCUUAAGGUGUUCACGUACCUCCUCACCUUCGGGGUGGUGUUGACGUCUGGAGUCAUCACGAAGGGGCUCGUCCUACUCAUGACAUCACAGCUCAGGAAAGCCAAGACACUCUCCUACUGCGGCAAGAGACGAAGCGGUUUGUUUUCACCAGAAAAAGACUACCGGGCGACACUACCAGACGAGGAAAAUGUGGUAUGGGCUUGGAUGCUGUUCUUCUGUUUUAUUGUUCCUGAGCUGGGGACUUGGUUCCGCUCCACCCGAAUGUGUGUGUUCAAGUCUUGGAAGAGGCCACCAUUUGGUGACAUGUUGUGGGUGUUGGUCUUUGAAACUCUGCACACCAUCGGAACUGCCCUUCUCAUCUUCCUUGUGCUGCCUGACCUGGAUGUCAUCAAGGGUGCCAUGUUGACUAAUUGUGUGGCUUUCAUACCUGGACUGUUUGGGCUCCUGUCACGCACAAGGAAGGAAUCUCAUGUUGCACUUAAGGUGAUGAUGGACCUACUAGCUCUAGCAUGUCAGCUCACUGGUUUUGUGGUGUGGCCAAUUGUGGAGUACAACAAAAACCCAGAUGUCUGGCGCAUCUGGCUUAUUCCCCCAGCAAUAUUCCUCACAUCUUUCGGCUGGUGGGAAAACUACGUAGACAAAAAUUCCAAAUUCAGCACCAUCAAAUACUUUGGUAGAAUCAAAGAGAGGCUCUGGAAGACACGAUAUUUCUGUUACAUAUUUGUCUCUCUGUGGAAGAUCCUGAUAUUCUUCGCAGUAAUGGUGUUGUCCAUGGGAACUCGACUUGACAACUUUAGCACUGUCUUUGAUCUUCGCACAGCCUUCAGCUCUCACAGCAUCAAUGUGACAGAGGUGCGAGAGCGGUUACCAGGCUUGUUGGUGCCUGAUUCCUCCACAGUGGCACCUUUAGAGCACACGCAGCCAAUCCCAUCUCAGCAGGGCACCCCCAUUUAUGUAUUCCUCAUCCAGGUGUUCACUGCUUGGCUCUGCUAUAUAUUUGGCAAAUUUGCAUGCAAGAUUUGCAUUCAAGGCUUCAGCUUUGCCUUUCCCAUCAACUUGACCAUCCCAGUCUCCAUCUCUCUGCUUAUCACGGCUUGUGGCCUAAGGUUUGACCAUGCCUGUUCCUUCCAAGUCAUUCCUGAGUACCUCUUUUGGGAAUGCAAGAAUGGUGACAUCCUCAAUGAUUUCCUCAACAAUGAUUAUGCCUGGGUAUGGCUCUUCUGGCUGCUCUCCCAGACUUGGAUCACUUUACAUAUCUGGACUCCUAAGUGUGAGCGUCUGGCAUCCACAGAGAAGCUUUUUGUUACACCAAUGUACAACUCACUCUUAAUUGAUCAGUCAAUAGCUCUCAAUCGGAGACGGGAUGAUGAGGGUGAUGUAAAGACCGAGGAUCUCAAUCUUGGUGCUGAUGAUCACGAGAAUGAGGUGUCACAGUAUUAUGAGACCAUCUCCAUCCACACUGACUCGUCCAAUAACAAUGCCUCCAAGAUCAAAUCCUCUGAUCAGAUCACCCGGAUCUAUGCUACUGCAACCAUGUGGCACGAGAAUGAGGAGGAAAUGAUAGAGAUGUUGAAGUCUAUCUUGAGGAUGGAUGAAGACCAGUCUGCACGUCGUGUAGCUCAAAAAUACCUGAAGAUUGUAGAUCUUGACUAUUAUGAGUUUGAAACUCACAUCUUCUUUGAUGAUGCCUUUGAAAUCUCUGAUGACAAUGAGGAUGAGAAUGUGGUGAACCAGUUUGUGAAGCUUCUGGUGAACUUAAUGGAUGAUGCUGCCACGCAUGUCCAUCAGACAAACAUCCGAAUCCGUCCACCUAAGAAGUACCCUGCACCAUAUGGCGGUCGCCUAGUGUGGACCUUACCCGGGAAGACUAAGAUUGUGGCUCACUUGAAGGAUAAAGGCAAGAUCAGGCACAAGAAACGGUGGUCUCAGGUGAUGUACAUGUACUAUCUGCUGGGAUUCAAGCUAAUGGACCAACCCAUCUCGGUAGACAGGAAAGAAGUGAUUGCAGAAAACACUUUUCUUCUCACUCUUGAUGGAGAUAUUGACUUCACUCCUAGUGCUGUGGCUCUCUUGGUAGAUCUCAUGAAGAAGAAUACUAACUUGGGUGCUGCAUGUGGCCGUAUCCAUCCUGUGGGCUCAGGUUUGAUGAUCUGGUAUCAAAUGUUUGAAUAUGCCAUUGGUCAUUGGCUACAGAAAUCAACAGAGCACAUGAUUGGUUGUGUAUUGUGUAGUCCUGGCUGCUUCUCCCUCUUCCGUGGCAAAGCUUUAAUGGAUGACAAUGUGAUGGCCAAGUACACUACCAAAUCCAGUCAGGCUCGACACUAUGUCCAAUAUGAUCAAGGGGAAGACCGUUGGCUGUGCACACUACUGCUCCAAAGAGGUUACCGUGUAGAAUACAGUGCUGCCUCUGAUGCCUAUACUCAUGCUCCGGAAGGAUUCUCAGAGUUCUACAACCAGCGUCGCCGAUGGGUACCCUCAACUAUGGCCAACAUUAUGGAUCUGCUGCAGGACUACAAAAAGACUAUCAAAGUUAAUGACAACAUUUCCCUACCCUACAUCUUUUACCAGACUAUGUUGAUGGGUGGUACCAUCUUGGGACCUGGAACCAUUUUCCUUAUGUUGGUGGGUGCCUUCGUGGCUGCUUUCCGCAUUGGUAAUUGGCCUUCCUUUGAGUACAACAUCAUCCCAAUCCUGCUCUUCAUGGUUGCCUGCUUCACUCUCAAGUCAAAUAUCCAGAUCACAAUAGCCUAUGUGCUGACAGCAGUAUAUGCCCUAGUGAUGAUAAUCGUGCUGGUGGCCAUGUUUCUCAACUUCGCGGAAGAUGGGUGGGAUAGUCCCUCUGCUAUAUUCUUUAUAGCCACAGCUGCUUCCUUUAUAAUAACAGGACUGUUACAUCCCAAAGAAAUCAUGUGUCUUCCAGCUGGUCUAGUAUAUUACUUGCUGGUGCCUUCCAUGUACCUUCUGCUCCAGAUUUACUCAUGUUUCAACCUCAAUAAUGUGUCUUGGGGCACACGUGAGGUGUCUACCAAGCAGAAGAAAAAAACUAGAGAGGAACUGGAGGCUGAACGCAAGGCAUUAGAAGAGGCCAAGAAAAACAAAAAGAAGGAGGGCUUUCUUGGCUUCCUCCACCGAGAACAACAAAAUGAUGAUGAAGGCUCCAUAGAGUUUUCUCUGGCUGGUCUCUUCAAGAUUAUGUGCUGUGUCCACCCGAAGCCCAGUGAUGAGCGUCAACAGUUGGCUAGCAUUGCAAACUCACUUGACAUCCUAAAGAAGCGAUUUGAGACCAUUGAAGCACACAUGGGUAUUGUUCCAAGUGGCCGCCGCCGUUCCACCAUGCAGCCUCGUGUCUCUCUACGCGGUGACAAUGCAUCUAUGGUCAACGAAAAUAUAAUUGAUGACUACAGUGACAGUGAAAGUGAAAAGUCUGGCCCCAAGGAAGAGCGAGAUGAUCUGGUUAAUCCUUACUGGAUUGAGGAUAAGGCCCUCAAGCGUGGAGAGGUGGACUACAUGCCAGGGGCUGAGGUGCAAUUCUUCAAAGAUCUUAUCGAGAAAUACCUCUACCCACUCCUCAAGAAUCCUCAAGAGCAGAAACAAGCAGAGAUCGAGUUAAAGGAACUGAGAAACAAAUCAUUCUUCGGUUUCUUCAUGCUCAACGCGCUCUUUGUGCUCAUUGUAUUCCUUCUUCAACUGAACAAAGAUGACCUUCACAUCGACUGGCCUCUCGGCAUCAGAGAAAACAUCACAAUUAUCCCAGAGACACAGGAGGUCCUCAUCAGCCAGGAACACCUUCAGCUGGAACCUAUUGGUCUAGUGUUUGUGUUCUUCUUUGCCCUCAUUCUUAUCAUUCAGUUUGUUGCCAUGUUGUUCCAUCGCUUUGGCACCAUCUCCCACAUCUUGGCCUCCACUGAACUCACCUGUUGCAACAAGAAGGCCGAGGACACUACCGAGGAUGCUUUCAUUCAGAAGAAUGCAGUAGACAUAGUAAGACAGCUCCAGAAACUGAAAGGAAUUGAUGGUGAUUAUGACAGUGACAGUGUGCAGGAUGGCCAGCUGGGUCGCCGAAAGACCAUUCACAACCUGGAGCGACAGCGUAAUAAGAAACAAGCCAUUGGAACUCUGGAUGUUGCCUUCAAGAAACGAUUCUUCAGCAUCUCAGCAGAAGCUGCUGAAAAUGGCAUGGAAACUGAGACUCCAGUACUUGGCAAUAUGCGUCGGCUGAGUAUGCGUAGAGAGACCAUGAAGGCAUUGGCUGAAAGACGAGAAACUGUUGUCCAAGAAAGGCGGAUGUCCAAGAUGCAGACAAUGGGUGCAAAGAAGCCCCGCACUAGGACAUCCAUUGCCUCUGAUGCCGACCACCAGCGAGUAUUUACACCAAAUGGAGGCAGUGUGAAUGAUGCCUACGAGUCUGACAUGGACCACUAUGGUCCCCCACCCUCUAUUAGAAGUGGCACACGAUACAGGACCACAGAAGAGAAUGUUUUAUACAAGCCAUAGAAAGAAAUGCUAAUAGUGUCAUCUUAUUUUAUAUAUUACAUGAUUAUUAGGAUUAUGGUAAUAUAAUAAACUAUUUGAAUAAAUGGAAUUCAUUGAAAAAUUAAGUCAUAAUUCCUUUACUUCAAAAUGAGUGUUGUAUUGUGCAAUUAUUAGGCCAUUAAAGUGCCUACAUUAGCAGUUAAUUGAAGUAAUUGUUAUGGCCUUUAAAAUAUAUAAGCACCAUAUCACUUGAGCUCUUGGAGGAAAGGAGGCAUCAGAGCUGUAAGCAGAUAUAAUAUGAUGAAUGGCUAGCUCAGUGAGUGUUCUUAAAUGUGUCAGAAGCCCAGCUUUGCUCUAUGUUCACAUUUCAAGACAUGCCAAUGAUUGAUUGAUUGGUCAUCUUAUUCUUUCCAAGUGAUUUUCUUAUAUCAUUGUAGGGUUUCACCCUUACAGGUAUACAUGAUGUUGUUGCUGCAUUGUGAGGCUGGAGAGAUGUACUGUUUGUUGUGAGGAAGGAAAUGCCAUUUCUUUGCUAUGUAUAAUCUAGAUGAGCCACUGUCUCCCUUAGAUUUCCUUUUCCUUUUGUUAUAUCUAAUUCAGCUUUAUGUUUAAGUUGCCAACAAAAUAAAAUGUUUGCUUCAAAUUCCAUACACACACCAUUUAACAUUCUCAUGACAUUUAUUGAUAAUUGAUAAGAGUUUGGCCAUCCAUACAAAUACUACUAUAUGCUUUUGUAGUUAGUAAUGCAUUCCUGGACCUGCUGAUUCUAUUGAACUGCUGCAGCCUCUCCCUGGCCACAUCACCUCCUCCUCAUAUACUUUUGCUCUCUUCAUCAUAAUACUGUGUUAUAUUGUAAAAUACUGUAUAAACAAUAAAUAUUUACAAUUUGUUAACA